GCAUUAGUCACAAAAAUGCAGGACCCGCAAACAGUGUGCAUAUUGUGCCACUGUCUGAAGACCUUGGAUAGGAUCUCUAGUUACUUCUGUGUGGCUUUUGUUCCCGGUUAAAACGACGGCCUGUCGAUCAUCAUGCAUGUGUCCGCCCACUUCACCCUUCCUGCUGCAGCUGGCCACUGAGCACCAGUGCUACGAGUGCAAUCGGUGUCGGGGAAGUCGAGAGAGCUGUAACGUUACCUUUAACACGUACAACCUACCCACUAAGAGCUUAUGACCGCCUCCGGUGCAGAAUAAUACACUCAAAAGGACCCAUACGUGUGACUGGCCUAAAACGGGCAGAAAGAGGUCAGAACAAGAGCCGUUUGUGGCUAGUACAAAAGUGUGGAAGCGCUGCGAUCGGGAAGAAACCGCUAUGUUAAUGCCAGUGCUGCCCAACAGGACAGGACGAGCAUGUUUCCGAAGGGCACCAAGCGCAAGUGUUCGGACGGCGGCGGCGGCGACGAGGAGGCCGCGGCGGCGGCGGGCGUGAAGACGGCGUCCUACAGCCUGCAGCGCCAGUGCCUCCUGGACAUGUCCCUCAUCAAGCUGCAGCUGUGCCAUAUGCUGGCCGAGCCCAACCUGUGCCGCUCGGUGCUCAUCGCCAACACGGUGCGCCAGAUCCAGGAGGAGAUGACGCGCGACGGCAGCUGGCAGAUCAUGACCGAGGCGCUCAGCGCCAGCCAGGGCCUGUCCGACCGCCUGGUGGCCUCCGAGAUCCUCUGCCGGGCGCCGACGGGGCGGGAGCCCGGAGAGGAGGAGCCGAAGCCGCUCCCUCCCGUCGGGGGCCGCCCCCCGGAGGAGGAGGAGGAGGAGCAGGAGGAACAGGAGGCGUUGGACGCCGAGGAAACGCUACGAGCGGUCGCCACGGAGGCCGAUUCCGCCUACGUGUCGGGGGACGCGGACCCCCACUGGGAGGCCAGGGUCCCUCCGGAGGAGGCCUCCGAGGACGGGGACGCGGACGACGAGGGCUGCAGCUUGGAAGAGGAGGAGGAGGAGGAGGAGCAGAGGUCCUCGGAAGGCACCAAGACCAUGGACCAGGUCUAUGGGACAUUUGAGAUCAAGAGCCCCGCCCCUAGCCCAGACCCAGCCCUGGAGGAGCUGUUCUCGGACGUUGACGCCUCAUACUACGACCUGGAUACCAUGCUGACAGGCAUGCAGGCCACGCCCAAGGUUGGACCAUAUGACCUGCUGGAGAACCUGUCCUCACACGCGCCCAGUUCCACCUGCCGGACCGACCUAAACGAACUGGACCACAUCAUGGAGAUCAUUGUGGGCUCAUGAAACACUUUUUUGUCUGCCUUUUUUUGUUUUGUUUUUACAGAGAAGUGUAUCCGUGUCCUUAUUUUGUUCCGAGCUCCGAAUGAGCAUGUGUGUGUGCCCGCAUUCGUCAGUCAGUCUGCGUGUAUGUGUAUGCGUGCCUUUGUGUUUGCAUUUGUCUUUCUGUGUGUAUGUGUAUGUGUGUGCGCACACGCGCGCAGAUGUGUGUGAGCAGUGUGUUUAAGUGGAAUGCGUGUUAAAUCUAAGGCUCUUUCAGGACAAGUUGCCAUGUCAUGAAGGGCCAAGAUUGAAUGAGCUGACCAUUGUAAUUUCACUGACAUACUUUUGGUUUCCUAAAUUGUGUUAUAUAUGUUCUUUCUUCUUGUUUGUCCAUUCCUUUAUUCUUGGAUUUGCCUUGUUUUUAAUUUAUUGUAACUUUGAAACACUACAUGAACUGAACAAGCAACCAUAAUUUUUAAAGCUGCACAUAUUUUCCUAAAAAAACAAACAAAAAAAACAUCAAAAAUGUAUGUAUAUAAAUAUAUAUUUUUACAACGUAUAAAAGUUGGGAAAUGUAAAGAGUACGUAUAGGUUUUUGUUUUGUUUAUACGUUUCACCUAAGAUGGGAGGAAACUGAUUAUUUAGUCUUGCAGACAGAUUCACACAGUGUCUUCCAAUGAGCUGAAAGAGCUCAAAUGUAUUUUAGAUGUCCAAAACGGUGUUACCAUUGUGAAGCACCUUAGUUUCUGUCAGUGUUUUGCCAUAUCCAUAGCCUCAUGCUGUAUGUCUCCUUCACUCAUGCUCACGUGUUCAACAGUUGUCGAAUGGCUUGCUUUUUCCUAAGUCUGCUGUUUGGGAGCCAUGUUCUUAUAUUUGUACAUUUACAAAUGAAGAAUAACAGUUAAAUUAUUGCAUUUUAAUUUAUUUAAUUUAUUAAAUGCAAACAUGUCUGAUGGGUGUUGAGUGCUCACAAACUUGCGUAGAAUGAGCUUUUCAUUUUCUUUUGUGCUGUCGUAAGGUAAUGUCAAUAUGCAUUUUACAAAUUGUAAAUGCCUGCUUGUCUCUAUCCUCGAGAAAGUGGGUUUUGUCCACUUACUAUGCAGCAAGCAUUCCAAACAACUUUUCAGUUAGUAUUCAGAUUAAUUUAGUAUAAUGAUUGACUGGUUAUCAAGUCUUUUUUAAAUGCCAGUAUUAUGAAAGUACUUCAUCGUAUACUCCCCUUUGAUUGAUGUCAGUGAAGGUAAACUUGAGUCAAAACCUGAUUUAUAUGGCAAUUAAGACCUAAAACUAGGGUAGAUUAUAUGCAGUUUUUUAUUACAAUGUAGCAUUUUGUAUAUAUUUUAAUAAAAGGUACAAAGUACAGAAAA